GGGUACUAUCUGCCGGGAAAAGAGCCUGGCUUCCAGACGCCGUUUCUUUUUCUUUAUCAUUUUGGGAAGCCUGCCGAGUUGGUCGUGCAGGUCAGGAGGAUUGUGCAAGAGCAUUUCAAUAGCAGCCGUAAUGAAGCACUGGGUUGCGAUAAUGAUGCGGUCAAAGCGAGAUUGUUGACGUCCUUUCUACUAGAGCUUUACCCUGUUGUUGCGUCGGGAGAUAUGCCGGUGUCGUCGCCCUUUAUGCCGGGUUACGUUACGGAGAGUAAGGUGAUGGGUGUGGCCAAGGUCACGGUAAAGGGCUUUGACCCGGACUGUCUGGCGCGUGACGUUCCAGUGAGAGAGAGGGCGCAUCUUGAACGUGGGGAGCUUCCGUGUUGGCUUUAAACAGAUCUCUGGUGCCAAGGAGGUGAUAUUUGUGAUGACCGACCAAGAGAGGGAGGGCUGUGAUGGACAAGUUCCUAGCAGUG